UGUAGAUGGAAGACAAACACGUGUCUGUGCGUUAUCAUCUAUGUGUCAUUGAAUAAUGAUUAUUUAAAAUGUACAAAAACUCCAGAAAAAUAUUUUUUUCCAUCAGAAAUAUCAAGAAAUGAUUUUUCAAUAUUAAAUUACAAAAGGACUUCCUUUGUAAAUAAAUAAUUCCCAGUGUCAGAGAAUAUUGUUACAAUUUUUGAAUCUGACAAUUGUUGAACUGAUUUUACAAACGAGUUCUGGAGCAUCUCCAGACGAAGAGAAAAGCAAAUAGUAAUAAAAUAUCAUAAGUGGAAUUUUAUUAUUUUUAAUGUUCUUCAAUUGAAGAAACAAAGAUCCAGCAGACUAUUUUCUUAAAGGAUAGUGAUAAUUAAUUAGAUGACGUGGCAUUUUAUUUUAUUAUCAGAGAUUGCAUAAUAGCAAGAAGAAUAUUUUUAUUGUAAAUAAACAUGGGUACAAAUUGGGAACAAUUUUAUGCUGAUCAACCUAAACCAAAUGACUUAGAUAAAAAUGUCAAACUUUUACAAGACUUCAUUAAGCUACAGAGUAAUAAUGAAAAAGGAGUAGUUUUAAUUACAAGUGGAGGAACAACGAUACCUCUAGAGUUAAAUACCGUAAGGUUUGUUGAUAAUUUUAGUGCUGGAACCAGAGGAUCAGCUUCUGCUGAAUAUUUUUUAGAACAUGGAUAUGCUGUUAUAUUUAUGCACAGAGCCAAAUCAUUGGAACCAUUCUUGAGGCAUCUAUCAGGAUACAAUUUUCUAGACUUGCUUGAUAUUAAUGAAUCAAAUGGAAAGAAAUCACUGUUAGUAAAGCCAAAAUAUUCAGAUAAUAUCUCUCAAGUUUUAUUAAAAUAUAAAAAAGUAAUGGAAGGAAGAAAAUUGUUACAAAUAAGUUUUACUACACUUUCGGAGUACCUGUGGUUACUUAGAGUUGUUUGUCAAGUGCUUGAACCGUUAGGUCGUCGAGCUGUUUUAUAUUUGGCAGCUGCAGUUUCUGAUUUUUACAUUCCUUCUAAAGAAAUGUCAGAGCACAAAAUUCCUUCGGAUGAUCCUCCAACCAUAUCUUUACACUUAGUACCAAAAAUGCUGAAACCACUGGUUAAUCUUUGGGUUCCUAAAGCAUUUGUUGUUUCAUUCAAGUUGGAAACUGAUGAGAAUGUUUUAAUACCAAAAGCCAGAGGUGCCUUGACUAAGUAUAAUCAUCAUCUUGUUAUUGCAAACAUGUUGAGUACAAGGAAGCAACAAGUGGUGAUGGUUAGUAAAGAAAGUGAUUAUAAAAUAGCUUUAACUAGUGAACAAAUGAAUGAUGGAAUAGAGAUAGAAGAAUACAUUGUUAAGGAUUUGAUAGAAAAGCAUCGUAAUUUUUAAACUAUUUUAUAUAUUUAUUAAUAUUAUUAUUAUCUUUGUUACAUGGUAUGUGGAUAAUCUAUAUUUCAUACAGAAUCUUGUUAAAAAAAUAAAUAAGUUGAGAUUAAUUAA